CUUAGGCUGGCGUCUCGCUCUAUCUUCACAUUCUCUUUGGCAAUGGCAACUCUCGGAACCAGUGCGGUGCGAGCUGGCUGUGUGCUAGCACUGAAAGUAGCAGAUAUAUCCGCCGUUACAGAUGUGCUAAAAUCCCUCCGAAUUACAGCGGAUCUUGGGCUCCUGCUCGGACGAUUGGCAGCACCCAGACCAACUUGUGGCCGCUACUUUGAACAUCUCGGGAGCCUCUAUUUCUAUAAGCCCUGUCAGUGUUCAUCGUGACCAUAGACGCAGACGCUCGCUCUUGGAAGUGCGAGGCGGCGCUACAUAGGGAUGGGGACUGCGGCGCAGCUUGCUAG